AAAACUUUCAUGACACUCUGUAUAAGGUUGUGAGCUUGCUCUCAUCUUCAUCCAUACUUCAAAGGUUUCUUUCAUCUCUCCUCAUCUUUUUAAUUAUCAAAUCAGUCAAUUUUCUUUGUGUUUCACCCCUCAAAUCAAAUUAACGAUGUCACACCGGAGUAAUAAUGAGUGCCGCAUAUAUGUUGGAAACUUGCCACCUGACAUUCGUACUAAAGACAUCGAGGACCUAUUUUACAAAUACGGCAAAAUUACCUUCAUCGAUUUGAAAAACCGUCGUGGGCCUCCAUUUGCAUUUGUUGAAUUUGAGGAUUCCCGGGAUGCUGAAGAUGCUGUCCACUCCAGGGAUGGUUACGACUAUGAUGGAUACCGACUCCGCGUUGAAUUUCCUCGUGGCCGUGAACGAGGUCCUGGCGGUGCUUUCAUUUCUGGUUCUCGCUCUGGGUCCAGUCGUGCUCGAGGCCCACCUGCCAGACGCUCACAAUACCGAGUUGUUGUUUCAGGACUCCCCCCAACUGGUAGCUGGCAAGAUCUCAAAGAUCACAUGAGAGAAGCCGGUGAUGUUUGUUAUGCCGACGUUUACAAAGAUGGUACAGGUGUGGUGGAGUUUCUCCGAUAUGAGGACAUGAAAUAUGCGGUAAAAAAACUGGACGACUCUCGCUUCCGCUCUCAUGAAGGUGAAGUAGCUUACAUAAGGAUUCGAGAGGAUCACGGUGGCAGUGGUGGUCGGUCGAGAUCAAGAUCUCGUAGUUACACUCCAAGAAGGAGUCGUGGUUCACCUACUUAUUCUCCUGCUCGUCGCUCGCGAUCUAGAUCUCCCUCGCGUUCAAGAUCACGAUCACGAUCUCGAUCAACUUCCAAAUAAUGGAUGAGUUUGGAUCGGAUUUGCAAGGAUCCAUGCUCUGGCUGACGUUUCUCAUCAAUGUUUGAAGAAUCCAACCUUCACGUUUCAUACCUCUAUGUAUUUUUUCAAUCCAUCUUUCGGCCAAUUAAAAAGGAUUUCACAGUCGA